AUGGACGCCAGAGGACGCUCGCUGCUGUACGUCGCCGCCCGCGCCGCGGACCCCGCCGCGGUCAAACGGGCGCUCAUCCUCGUCAACGCGGAGACGGCGUCCGCGCGAACAGCCUCGGGCAAGACCGCGCUGUUCGCCGCCGCCCGGGGCGGGUGCCGCGAGAUCGUCGAGAUCCUCGCGAAACGCGCCGACGCCGACCCGAACGCGCGUGCCAACGACGGCCGAACCGCGCUGUGGACCGCGUGCUACCACGGCCACGUCGAAGCCGCGCGCGUGCUGGUCCAACACGGGGCGGAUCCGUCCAUCCCGGACGCGUCGGGACGGACCCCGCUCCUGGCCGCGUGCGCCGCGGGGUCGGGGACGUGCGCGCGGUUCUUGUUGAGCGGCGCGUGCGACAUGCCGCGGCGCGUGGACGCCGAGGUGAAGGAGGCGUCGGCGGGGUGCUCGCCCCUCUUCGCCGCGUGCGUGGACGGCGAUGUAUCCACCGUGACGAGUUUGCUGUGCGCGGGGGCCAAGGUGGACGCCGAGAACAAACACGGUCGGACGCCGUUGAUGGCCGCGGCGAUGUGCGCGCACGCGGAUGUCGUGCUCGCGCUGAUGUGUCGCGGCGCGGAUCCGAACAGGGCGGACGAGGGCGGGGAGACGGCGCUCCAUCUGGCGGCG